GUAUGGUUGUCAAGAUGGCGUCUCCGAAUGGAGGUGAAGACUUUGAGUCCUCUUUGUUGAGUUAUGAAAAGCUUGAUCGGGCUUCACCUGACCUGUGGCCAGAGCAAUUGCCGGGAGUGUCAGAAUUUGCUGCUUCUUUUAAAAAUCCAAUCACAAAUUCUCCACCAAAAUGGAUGGCAGAAUUGGAGACAGAAGACAUUGAAAUGUUGAAAGAGCUGGGAAGUCUGACCACAGCUAACCUGAUGGAAAAAGUUAAAGGGUUGCAGAACUUGGCGUAUCAGCUGGGUCUGGAAGAGUCCAGAGAAAUGACGAGGGGGAAAUUUCUCAACAUCUUGGAGAGACCCAAAAAAUGAAGACUGAGGGAUUGUUAUACAGAAAAGUAUAGCAGAAUAACAUCUAACUGAUUUGUAACAUCUUGAAUAUCUAGCUAACUGAAGUUGAGUCAGACAAUACAUUGCUAAAAUGAUACAAACUCUCUGUACAUAUAUAAUGUGUAAAACAGAUUUUUUUAAUUAUUAUUCUGCUGUAGAGCAAGUAGCUUAAAUAAACACUUUUUGUUAAUGCUUAUUCACUAUUUAUUAACUCUAAUUUUAAAUUUCCCCUCAGCAUUAUUUUCAAUUCAAUGCUCAUUGUUAAAUAAAACCAAAGCUUUUCAGAUA